AUGAUCCUCGCCAAAACUCUGGUCGCGACAGCGGCUUUGUCCACGGUCAUCGCCCGCGACAUCCCCGACAACCUCAGGUCUUUCUACAAUCACAUUCGCGACCAGAAACAAUGCAAAAAUGCCCUCGCAACCGGAUUCCACAGCUCAGACGGCGACAGCGGCGACUUUGAUUACUGCGGCGACUAUCUAGAAAAGUACAAUAUCGUGUACCUUCAGGGCCGCAACGGCGAGCUUGUCAAUUUGGACAUUGACUGUGACGGAAUCCAGGGCGGGCCCGCUGAUGACGGUCGCUGUGGGUCGUCCGGCGAUACGCAGUCGCAGACGAGCUUCCAGGAGGAUCUUCAAAGAUACGGCGCCAACCAGACCGACCUCGACGCCAACGUCCACCCUUACGUCGUCUUUGGCAACGAAAGCGAGGAGAACAAGAAGGGUUGGCCGACCUUUGACCCCAGCGCUCAUGGCAUUGAGCCGCUGAGCAUCAUGACGUUUACUCCGGCAUUUGGGGCGACACAAAACGGCGACGACGGCGACGAGGCCAUGGUGGGUGAGGCUUCCAUCUCCUUGGCGACGCUAUGCUUUGGCAACAGCGUGAACGGCGACAACGGCCAUGACGACAACGACGUCCUCUUUAUCGCGUUUACCGGCAGCGAUGCAGUCCCAGGCAACGAUGGCGCCGACUGGGCUGCCAACAACGCCACCGUCUUUCAGGAGAGCAUUACCGAGCGCGGCAAUAAGCUCGUCGAGCGCAUCGGCAGCGCAGCCCCAUGUCGCACGAGCGUCGGCGGUUGGCUUGUCUACGGAGCGGUAGCCGCCGUGGCUGGAGCUCUCAUUCUGUGA